ACAAUCUCGAUGUAUCAAGCAAAGUACGCUAAUUACUGCAAUUCUCCUAGAAAAAAGCAAAUCUAAUUCACGAAGAGGCACUUGUGUUAUGAAUAGGUUUUUUUUUUUGUUGAGCGCGACGUGAAUCUCGCGGAGUAUCGCACGUGACGGUUUGCAGUUUGAGGCCGUUCUGUUGUAGUGGGGAUGUAAACAGAGCCUGGAGAAAGGAUGCCAAAUACCUGCUGACCAUACGGUACAUUAUGACUGCAAGCAUCUGUGCUCUUUACUAUCAUUUGUGUUAGAGUCUGGAGAUUCCAAGUAGAUUUUUUUAUGAACCCAGUGAUCGAUUCCGUAAAGAUGAAUCGGACGCAUAAAGUUCUUCUCAAAAGGUGUUGAAAAUCAAUUUGGGAUGAGUGGAAGACGGGUUGGGGGCAAGCCCGCCCCGGAGUAUAAUAUUGUACUUUUGGGAGAUCUCGGGGUUGGAAAGUCAGCCCUGACGGUUAAAUAUAUGACAAGAAGAUUUAUCAUGGAGUAUGAUCCGUGUAUAGAGGACACAUACACAAAACAAGAAGACAUAGAGGGACAGGAACUGUCAAUACACGUGAUGGACACGUGCGAUAAGGAGGACAGCGAUCCCCAAAGAUAUCUACGUUGGGCCGACGCUUUCAUGGUAGUGUAUAGUAUCACAAACCGAGAAAGUUUCCAGACAGUUCGGAAAUACUUAGAAACGAUCACACAAUUCCUUAAGACAGCUAGCAAAGAACUUCCAGUUGCCAUUGUUGGAAAUAAGAUCGAUUUAGAGAGAUACAGACAAAUUAGUAAAGAAGAGGGUGCUAGUUUAGCUGCAGAGUAUGAAUGUUUGUUCUUUGAGACAACAGCAGCAGAGGAAUUCGAGUAUGUAGAGGACAUAUUCCAUGGUCUCGUACACGAGAUUCAGCGAGAACGAGGCGAGAAGCACAUUCACUUCCAACCUCUCUUCAUUACAGAGGAAAAAUUUCAGUGUGCCCAAAGAGGAGGCCGUCCUAAAUCUCCCAGGUCUCCUGCGGACCGGAAGGACGAUAAACCCGGAAGCAAGAAAAACAGUUCUAGUUUCAAGCUAUUUAAUAAAAGCUUUAAAAUUUUUAAUUAAUAAAACUCAGUCAUUUGCAUACAAUUUUUAAUGUGACGACAAUUUGAGGUGUGUUUUAAACGUGAAAUUUUUUAUUUUCAGUGUCGAGAAUGGAGUUAAUGAUUAUUACAAGUGUUCACAUUUUUAUGCCGCAAAACAUACUUGAAUGUCAAACCUUCAGUUUGUAUAAUGCUUCUGUGUUUGUCGACAGCAUAAUUUUGGUCAAAGUUUAGCUGUAAGGCACAUAAUUCAUUUUCAUCACAACUUUCAUUAUAAUUAUUUUACUAUUAUUGUUGACAUGUAAAAACCAUUAUAAAUACUUUGUAAUAUGUCACAAUCUAGUUGUUUAAUAAUAAAAGUUUUCAGAAUACA